CUCUCUUCUCUUUGUCAAGUCUCAACACAUACCGUCUUCCGUAUACAAAGGGUUCACAGACACCAUCUCCUCCAUCACCAUCGCCAUAUAUAUAAAUAUUAUAUACACAUAUAUAUCCACUUUCACUUCCUCUGUAAAACCCUAAUUAUUGUUUUUUUUUUCCUUUCCCUCUCUCUCUCUCUCUCUCUAAAAUUUUCGAAUUUUUCUCUUUCUCUACAAUUCUCGAUUAUUUCACCAUUCGAUCCACUUCCUCAAACCCUCACUUUCUCUCUUUAACUCAACUCUCUGUCUAGAAUCGGUGACCUAUUCGCUCUUGAUUGCAAGAUCCAUUACUGAUUGUUUUCUUGUUUCGUCUUUCAAUCGAGGUAUUUAGGGUUUGCUAAAAUUCUUUUAGCGAUUCCGGUCAAGGCUGGCGGGUAUUUGGGUGAAGUAAAUGGCGGAUCCGCCGAGUAUCCGCCCACUGUUAAUCGCUGCUACUUUUUCUGGUUCUGGUCUUUGUUUCGAGGAGGAGGAGUUUAAAGGGUUGCAGAGUGGUCAGGAAAGAGAAGAGUGAAAAAGCAUGCUGAGCGUGCUACGGGUGCACCUGCCGUCGGAUAUUCCCAUUGUAGGCUGUGAACUAACGCCGUACGUUCUUUUACGGCGACCUGACAAGACCGUCACAACGGACGAUGUUCCAGAGUCGGCUCCUCUUGACGGUCAUUUCUUGAGGUACAAGUGGUAUCGGAUACAAAGUGAUAGAAAAGUUGCUAUUUGUAGCGUACAUCCGUCUGAACAAGCAACAUUGCAGUGUUUAGGCUGUGUUAAGGCCAAAAUACCUGUUGCCAAAAGUUACCAUUGCUCUCCCAAGUGCUUCUCUGAUGCAUGGCAGCAUCACCGUGUUCUACAUGACCGUGCUGCAAGUUCUGUAAAUGAAAAUGGAAACGAGGAGGAAGAGUUAUUUGGCCGCUUCAAUAGCUCUGGGUCUGGAGUUAUUAAUACCACUUUGUCUGGUUCUGCAUCAAGUGCCAGCUUGACAAAUGGUUCUGCACCUUUAUAUCCUGCAGCAGUUACUCAGAGGAGUGGUGGUGAAACUUGGUUUGAAGUUGGACGUUCUAAAACAUAUACUCCAUCAGCUGAUGAUAUUGGCCAUGUUCUCAAGUUUGAAUGUGUUGUGGUAGAUGCAGAAACUAGAGUACCUGUAGGACAUCCCAACACUAUUCUAACUUCCCGUGUUAUUCCUGCUCCCUCUCCGACUCCACGUCGCUUGAUCCCAGUUAGUGGAGCUGAUUUGAUGGGACAUUUAGAUUCAGAUGGCCGUCUUUCAUCAUCUGGAACCUUUACUGUCCUUUCAUACAACAUUUUGUCUGAUGUUUAUGCAACAAGCGAGUCAUACAGUUAUUGCCCCUCAUGGGCUCUUUCAUGGCCAUAUCGCCGGCAGAAUUUGCUGCGGGAAAUAGUUGGAUACCGUGCAGACAUUGUUUGUCUUCAGGAGGUUCAAAGUGAUCAUUAUGAGGAGUUUUUUGCCCCGGAGUUGGACAAACAUGGUUAUCAAGCUCUUUAUAAGAGAAAAACCAAUGAGGUUUACAAUGGAAAUACUCAUACAAUUGAUGGUUGUGCAACGUUCUUUCGUAGAGAUAGGUUUUCACAUGUCAAAAAAUAUGAGGUUGAGUUUAAUAAAGCUGCUCAGUCUUUGACUGAAGCUGUUGUUCCAAGUGCUCAGAGGAAAACUGCUUUAAAUCGAUUGGUCAAGGAUAAUGUUGCAUUAAUAGUGGUAUUGGAAGCAAAGUUCAGUAAUCAAGGAGCCGAUAAUCUUGGGAAACGCCAACUUCUUUGUGUUGCAAAUACACAUGUAAAUGUCCACCAAGAUUUAAAGGAUGUCAAGCUUUGGCAGGUCCACACUCUUCUGAAAGGAUUGGAGAAAAUAGCUGCCAGCGCAGACAUUCCGAUGUUAGUAUGUGGAGAUUUCAAUUCAGUCCCUGGAAGUGCUCCACAUUCACUUCUUGCCAUGGGAAAGGUAGAUCCAUUGCAUCCGGAUUUAGUGGUGGACCCUCUUGGCAUCUUACGUCCUCACAGCAAGCUUACACAUCAGCUGCCACUGGUCAGUGCUUACUCAUCUUUUGCUAGACUGGGCAUUGGUCUUGGUUUGGAACAGCAGAGGAGGAGGAUGGACCCCACAACCAAUGAACCCUUAUUUACAAACUGCACUAGAGAUUUUAUUGGCACCCUAGAUUAUAUAUUUUACACAGCGGACUCAUUGACAGUGGAGUCCUUGUUGGAACUCUUGGAUGAGGAAAGCUUAAGGAAAGAUACAGCCCUUCCUUCUCCAGAGUGGUCAUCUGAUCAUAUAGCACUUUUAGCUGAAUUUCGUUGCAAGCCUAGACCAAGACGUUGACAAUCCAGGUCUGGAGAUGCUGAAAUCAAUGGCUGGAGGAAAUGAAAGGAAUUAAGUAACUGUAAGAAUGGCGGAUCGAGUUCCAUGUGUUAUUUUCCAGGUAUCUCAUAGUGGGAUCCUUGCUAUGAUCUGCUUUGUAUCAUGCCACCUUUUCUCAUAGAAAAGUUAUGUUAUGCCUUAUUCAAUCAAUUUUCUUUUUCUUUGCUGAUAGAAAAUGCCCGCUGGCUUAGUGUAUGUCAUUGUCCUGUACUUUAAGCUCUCGCUGCAUAGCAAGUGGUUAGUGGCAUGCGAAUGAAUGCCUCUUUAGUUUUGGGUUCAAUGAUCCUUUGUUUCACUUCUUUUCUUAUUUUAUGGCCAGCUGAAAGGAAUAAAAUUUUGAAGUUUUUAACCUCGUAUUAGAGUAUUUUAAA